UCCAAUGCUCACACCAUGAGCUUCAAUACGUGCAUCUUUCUUUCCAGCCAAACUCCCUUCUCGGCUCAUAACCGAACUCGGACGAACUACAGAGUGCGGAGCCGAGGACGAGCUCGGACGAACUGCAGAGUGCGGAGCCGAGGACGAACUCGGACGAACUGCCGAACUCGGAGCCGAGGACGAACUCGGACGAACUGCAGAGUGCGGAGCCGAGGACGAACUCGGACGUUCUUUUAUUUCUUCAAUCUCAACACUUCUAACACUCUUUCCUCUUCAUUUCGGAAACUCACGCUCACGAGUCCUCCAUCGCCUCUCCUCCACACCCAUACCCUGCCCUCGCGAAUCCCCAAACCGUCCAAAUUCGCCGCCCAAUCCAAGGGCAACGACUCCGCCGACGCGCCGGACCGCCUCAUCUCCGCCAUGGUCUACUUCUACCCCUUCUUCGACGGCGUCCAGUACGGCAAAUACAUCCUCACGCAGUUCACCCCCUUCCAGGCCCUGAUCCAGCCGCUCGUCCCCGCGAUUCGAGUCUUCAAGAGCUUCCCCUUCAACGGAUUCCUCGUCUUCCUCACGCUCUAUUUCGUCGUCGUGAGGAAUCAGAACUUCAGCAGGUACGUCAGGUUCAACACUAUGCAGGCUAUUGUUCUCGAUGUGCUGCUGAUUUUCCCUGACUUGCUGGAGCGGACGUUCAAUCCGAGGGACGGCGUUGGAUUGGAUGUGUUGAUGAGUUUGGAUAGCACCGUGUUUUUGUUCCUGUUGGUUUCGUUGAUCUACGGCUCCUCUGCUUGCUUGCUCGGAAACCUUCCUAGAUUGCCGAUCGUUGCUGAGGCUGCCGAUAGGCAGGUAUUGUGAAUUGCACCUCAUUCUUAUGCAUUUAGCUUUCACCAUUUUAGCUGAUGAUUGAAAAAUAGCGAUUUCUGUAAUUUGUAAUAAUUGUGAUGAUUUUAGCUGGAGAAAUAUAAGUUGAGAUUUUCGGAA